AUGAUCAGAUUUUGGGGUUCCCCAUUGUUCGCAGGACAACCCAAGGGUGAGGUGCAUUUCAAGAGCAACGAGAGCCUGAACCCCAAGAUCUCCCUGUUUCGGGGAGACAUCACCAAGCUGGAGGUGGACGCGGUGGUCAACGCGGCCAACAAGACGCUGCUGGGAGGCGGUGGAGUGGACGGCGCUAUCCACCGUGGAGCAGGGCCUCUGCUGAAGAAGGAGUGUUCCACGCUGGGGGGCUGCGAGACUGGACAGGCAAAACUGACCGGGGCGUACGGACUGCCCUCCAAGUAUGUCAUCCACACAGUGGGGCCCAUCGUCCAGACGGGGUCUGUGGGGGACAGAGAGAGACAGGCUCUGCGCAACUGCUACUGGAGCUGCCUGGAGACGGCUCGCGCUCAGCAGCUGAGGACUGUGGCGUUCCCCUGCAUCUCUACUGGCGUGUACGGGUACCCCCCCAGUGAGGCGGCGGACGUGGCCCUGAGGACAGUCAGGGAAUACCUGGACACUCACGGAUCACAGGUCCGAAGGUGUGGAGCAAACUGUGAGAGCGUCCCGGCGCAGACUCCGGACCCCCAACCUGUCCCCCUCGGCCCCUCUGUCCCUCUGCCCUGUCUGCAGUGCUCGCGUGCUCAAUAAAGGCUUCGACACCAGA